GUAUGUUGGCGCUCUGUCAGCGCGAGCCGUGGACGGUGUUGAACGGCGUCGCGGGGCAUAAAUAUUAUUUAGAUGUGAUAAUAUAGAACAAGGGAAUUAAUAUAUCAAACGUCAAACAAGAUGAAUGCCACCGAAGCGGAAACUAUCGCCGAUCAGGUGCAGAAUAUGAUUGUUUCUCUUUGCGGCGAACAAAAGCCAGAACUGAUUAGAAGAUUUAUGCGUUUUUCCCUUGGGUUACUGUCAUCUGCUCAUGGUAUAGAAACACUAAGGGAGGAUGAAGUGACUGUAGCAACGUGUAUAAGGAGCAAAUUGUCGGAACGUGACGCAGUAGAAUUUGAUAAAUUACACAGUGAUUUAAAGGAUGGGCCACUGAAGAAUCGUAUGAGUAUUCUAAUAUUUCUGCUAAACAUGGGUCAACCGGCAGAACAGAUGAAGGAUAGGAUUUUCUCGUUUCCAGACAUGAGGCUGGGUUUAAGUCCGAUCGCGUCCACCAGUGGGCAAACGUCGCAAACAUCAUGUUCUCCGGCGCAAGUUGUAUCCGUGAAUACCACAGAGACGAGCUCGAGAGGAUUGCUGGUAAAUCCAAGUAAGAUAUUCAACGAAGAGUGCGUCUCGGAAGAUGUACUGGUCCAGGACUUGAUAUAUUCCUUCCAAAGCGUGGAGGGGAAGGUCUUGAAGCUGGAUUCAAGCUACGGCUUUCAGAUUGAUUCCGCAGCGAAAAUCAACAGAUCGCAAAGGCAGGCCGUCUCGAGACUGAGCGAGCUAGGGUACUUACAUAAUAUAGUGCGAAGAGGCUUGGAGAGAAUGUCCGGGGCGAAUGCAGGCAGAGUCGCCAACAGUUUUGUCGCUGCGCUGCACAAGGAAUUAUCAGAAUAUUACAGAUUCGUCGCCGUAAUGCAGGAAGAGGUGAAUAGGUCGCAAAAUCAAAUGGUCAUGUACGGAGUCACGCUGUCUCAGUUGCACUAUUGGACAUGCGACCCCUUCGAGACGUUGAAGUGGUUGGCGAGCAUAGUGAGAGCCUGUCAGGGUCUGAAGGGCGGUGCACUGGCGUCCGCCGUCUACAACUUCAGCUGCCACGGCGACGCCAACGUGAAGAAUCUCGUCAAGAGGAUCUUGGAGAGCGUCUGCAAUCCCUUGUACAACAUGCUUAUGAAGUGGAUCGCCGACGGUGAACUGGACGAUCCGUAUAAAGAGUUUUUCAUUCAAGCGUGCGCCGAUGUCAGCGGCGACCGGAUGUGGCACGACAAGUACCAAGUGAAGAGCUCCAUGUUACCGUCGUUCAUCAGCAAGGCGCAGGCGAAGAAGAUCCUGGGCACGGGGAAGAGCAUCAAUUUCCUGCGCGAAGUUUGCAAGGAUUUCACACCCUGGCAGGGUAGACACGCGGACAUGUUCGGGGACAGCGACGAAGAGUACAAUGUUGAGGUCUUUUUCGACAUGGAUCCGGACGGUCGCUUGCAAACCACGAUGGAUACUGCUUACAAGGAAACCUCGACUAGAGUUGUCGAGAUAUUAACGAAACAGUAUCACCUUAUGGAACACCUGCAGGGAAUCAAGAGCUACCUAUUGCUUGGCCAAGGCCACUUUAUCCAACAUCUGAUGCACUUGUUAGGGCCUGAACUAGCUAAACCAUCGAAUUCUCUAUAUCCUCAUAACAUAUCAUCUAUACUCGAUACCGCGAUAAGAGCGACCAGUGCAAAAUUGGACGACUUGGACGUUCAGAGACGCCUGGACGUUAGACUGUUGGAUCCUUCGGAAAACGAAACAGGAUGGGACGUCUUCUAUCUGGAUUACAACGUCGACGGACCGAUAGGAACGAUUCUGGAGCCGUGCAGGCAGACGUAUCAAACGGUGUUCUUUGCGCUGUGGCGGGCGAAGAGGAUGGAGUCGAUCUUGUCCGGCAUUUGGAAGCGGCAGACUACAUCGGCCAAAAUGUUCCGGAGAAUGCCGGAAGUGUUGCCGAUCCAGAAUCAUAUACACCUAAUCACCAGCAGCAUGGUCCACCUGGUUCAUCAGAUGUUGUAUUACUUUUUAUUUGAGGUGAUUGAAUGUUCUUGGGAUACAUUCGCGAAGCAACUUGUCCAGGCGACGUCUCUCGACGACAUAAUCGCGGCUCACAAUCACUUUGUUGAUUCUGUGAGGCAUGGUACGCUGUUAGAUGAAAAAUCACAGAAACUUAUGGAUCACCUGCGCUCCGUCUAUUAUCCGAUACAGGAUCUCCAGAAUCACGAGGAGACCUUCCUCGCGCGUGCUACACAGGAAUAUGAAGCGAGAUUAAAAACCGACGACUUUGCGCAACCGAAGAAAUCGGGCCGUACGAAUAAGAAGGAUCAAGAAGCUGUAGAGAGAGAGGCGGCGUUCUCCAAGUAUCUGAACACGUUCUCGAGGCAACUGAAACUACUUUCAAGAACUUACCAGGAUCGUGUGAAAAAAUUCUUACUAAUGCUCGCCUCUGCUGAAGACGUGUCGCUACAGUUACUCAGUGUGCGAUUAGAUUUUAACGAGUAUUACAAGAGUCAGGAUAACCGAUUAGUCGCGCCGUUAACAUAUCAACACCGUAGACAAAGUGAUCAGACUUUCUUUGGAUGCAAGUGACAAUCGGCAGCGGA